AUGGAAUCCGCACCCUCCACGACGCAGCAAUCCGGCGGCGCAGGGGGGGCCGGUUGGGGUGCCUUUCUCAAGUCAAUUGCAUCCUUCAACGGCGAUCUUUCCACUCUCACCGCACCGCCCUUCAUUCUCUCGUCAACCAGCCUGACCGAGUUCAGCUCGUACUGGUGCGAGCACCCUUCCAUCUUCGCCGCCCCGGCCCAGGAACCAGACGCCGCCAAGAGAGCACUCCUUGUUCUGAAGUGGUUCUUGACCACCCUGAAGCAACAGUAUGCCAGCCGGAGUGAGCAAUACGGCAACGAGAAGAAGCCGCUCAACCCAUUUCUGGGCGAGCUGUUUUUGGGCAGGUGGGAGGACGACGCUGGCACAACCGAGUUGAUCAGCGAGCAGGUCAGCCACCAUCCGCCGGCGACCGCAUACAACAUCACCAACCUUCCCAGCGGCGUCCGAUUGGAAGGCUACAAUGCCCAGAAGGCGUCAUUUUCCAAGACCAUCAAUAUCAAGCAGAUUGGACAUGCCGUGCUCACGGUUUCCGCGCCGUCGGCCGCAGAGCCGGACACGUACUUAAUCACUCUGCCGUCUCUUCACAUUGAGGGUCUCAUCUUCGGCUCGCCUUUCAUCGAACUCGAGGGUAGUUCCUACAUCACCUCGUCCACUGGCUUCACGGCCAAGAUCGACUACAGCGGGAAAGGCUGGCUGUCGGGCAAAAAGAACUCCUUCACGGCCGUUCUGUACCCUACCGGGAAGGAGAAGGACAUUCUCUUUAACGUCUCGGGUCAGUGGACCAAGUCCUUCGAAAUCCACUCGGGUCCUGCCAAGCACAAUAGCAAAGAUAAUCUCGUUGAGAGCUGGAAUCCCUUGCCGCUCAGCGAACUCAUCGUUGCCCCUUUGGAGAAGCAGCACCCGCUGGAAUCGAGGAGGGCGUGGGCCAAGGUGGCGGCCGCGAUUGCUAAAGGCGAUCUUGACACAGUUAGCACUGAGAAGGGAAAGAUAGAGAAUGCCCAGCGAGAGAUGCGGGCCAAAGAGAAGGCCGAGGGACGCACAUGGUCACGACGCUAUUUCACCGCUCAGCACGAUGGUGCGGAUUGGGUCCUGACAAAACUGGGGGCCGCAGUUGGCCUGCCAGAGAACGGUGAUGCCGACAAGACGGGCGGUCUCUGGAGGUUUGACUUGGCCAAGGCCGAUGCGGCACGCAGGGAAACUCCGCCAAGCGAGGAAGAAGCGAGGAAAUUGGCGAGCGAGUUGCUGGGACAGUGA